UUCUCACAGGACUUUCCAGUUUCCUUCAAUGAUCUCUAUUUCCAUUCUCUCUCUAGCUUCUCUCUUCCCUUCCUUUCUUCCUCAGCUAAGUAUAAAUCUUUUGAAUUAAGUAAACUGGGAAGUUUAAUUUUAAGAUACUCUGGCUCUCCCAACAAUGGAAGCUUUUAGCUUACUCAAGUAUUGGAAAUCCACUUCUGGAAGUGGUGCAAUGCUUUCUCCUCAUACAUCUCUUCCUACUUCAGCUUGUUCCACUACCACCAUUGUUACCUCUGUUAGCGACCAUGAUUCGGACGAUUCAGCUGAUGAUGAUGGUCCAUUCUUUGACUUGGAAUUCGGUGUCCCUGCCGAAGAUGUCGAGAACGAAACUGAAAGUGAUGAAGAAAAUGGAGAAGAAAAAGAAGCGGAAGUAAUCGAUGAACUAGUUGAAGUUGAAGUCGAAGAGGAGAGAUCAUUCCAAGAUAAUAGUCUUACAUUUUCACCUUCUGAUGAAUUGUUUUUCAAUGGAAGAAUUGUGCAGAUCGAUCAUUCUGAACAGUCCGGUGACAAACCCGGUCAGUUUUCGAUUCCGAUUCCGAUUUCUCUUAUUAAGUCAGCCUCAAAAUUUCGUGUGUUUAUUUUAGGUUUAAAACGAUCAAAAUCUGAGUCAAAGCAAUGUCCACCCCCGCCGAUAUCACCGCCACAGAAUCAAAAUCGUUACGAUAGUAGUAGUACGAAAAAGAAAUUCUUCGCUGUUCGAUUUAAAGUAGAUGAUGUUCCGGUCUUAUCUCUGCUCACUCGAGCUUCUUCAAAUUCGAAAUCUCCGACUCCGAUUUUGAACGAGGCAGAAGAUGAUGGCAAACGGCCACAACUGCAGAAAACCGAAGAAAGAGAUAAUAAUGAUGAGAAGAAAAAUACAGCUAAAAAGGAAGUAGUGCAGAAAUAUUUGAAAAUGGUGAAGAUUAAAGUGUCGAAAAAACAUCAAAAAGCGACGGCGAAAGAAAAAAAGGAGAAGAAAAUGCGUCAAAAGCAAAGGGUGAAUUUAAAGGUAAUGGCAAAGAAACAUUUAGGAAAGAGUGAUUCGGCUGUUAUUCAUUCUAUGGUUCGGGAUACGACGUCGUCGAAGAAAAGAGAUGACUCUCUUUUGCAACAACAAGAUGGUAUUCAAAGCGCCAUUUUACACUGUAAACGCUCCUUUAAUUCCUCCAAAGAUUUCUUAAAUGGAGAAGAAGUGAGUUCAGUUUCAUUGACUCAGUUGGUAACUAAGACAUUGAGUGGGAAGGAGGCAUCAACAGAGGAGAAUCGGAACGGCGUUAUUGUCGUCACUACGUGAUGACCGAUGAAGAUCGAAGAUACAUAGGGGUAUUAUUGUAAAUAUAGUAGAAGGUUAGGGUGCACAAAAGUAAAAAAAAAAAAAAAGGAUGAAAAAAGUAGUGUAGUAAAGUGGAAAGUUACGUUUCACCGAAGAAGGGUUAAAAAUGUUCCAUGUUGAAAGAGCAGAAAAAAACUGAAAAAAUUGGCGUAUCUUUUGCCAUAUGUAAAGAGUUGAGAAUCUUGAAUUUAGUGAGUGGUAUCAUAGGUAAUGGUCUCCAUCUAUUUCCAAAAAAGUUGAAUCUAUUAAAAAUGGUGGGAUUUAAUAUAGCCGUAGGAGUAGAUCACAUGUCAAAUAUGGAUUCCUUGCCUUUUCUUUCGUUAAUUGUGUUGUUGCUAGACUCCUUUUGAAAUCUUGUUUUGUUGGAAGUUUUUAUUUUUACAGGUUGUUUAGUUGGAAAUUACUUCCUCUUGUCUGUCUAGUUCACAUCAAAUUAAGAAAAAUUAAUGCAUCAAAUGGUGGAGAUAUUAUUAAAUGAUG